UAAGACAAACAUUUGAAAGCAAUAAUCCUCGAGAAAAAACCUAAAUAAAAGUACCCAUCUUUCCGCCUUAAUUCCCGACGAUGAUCUCUUGAAUCAAAUAUCAUCGUCUCAAAUCAAAUCGGAAUUCCUUUCCAGUUUCGAAUCCGCGGGCAACAGAUCAGCUCAAUCAAGAAUCACAAUCGGUUGAGCGAUCGAGCGGCGGAGAUCGACGUUAAAUGGGCCAGUCGGCUUCUACCUGGAAGCCCAGAUCCUCGAAGUCCGCCACCGCCGCCGCCGCGGUUUCCUCGCCGGAUUUCGAAAACCACCGAGAAGAUAUAGCCGAGGACUCCAUCUCCGGCAACGACCACACUCUAACCCUACCCGACGAGUGCCUGGCCUGCAUUUUCCAGCCCCUUUCUUCCGGCGACAGAAAGCGCUGUUCUCUGGUCUGCCGGCGAUGGCUCAGAGUGGAAGGUCAGAGCCGCCACCGCCUCUCGCUCCACGCCCAGCUCGAGCUCUCCGCCGACAUACCUCGCCUGUGCCGCCGUUUCGACGCCGUCACUAAGCUCGCACUAAAAUGUGACCGCAGAUCUGUCAGCAUCGGCGACGACGAUUUGAUUCUGAUCUCUCUCAAGUGGAGGAACCUCACGAGGCUGAAGCUCCGCGCCUGCCGCGAGCUCACCGACGAAGGGAUGUCUGCUUUCUCCGAGAGCUGUAAGAAUCUGAAGAAAUUCUCUUGUGGGUCGUGCGGUUUCGGGGCAAAAGGGAUGAAUUCUUUGCUCGAAAAUUGUGGGUUUCUUGAGGAGCUCUCUGUAAAGCGCUUGCGCGGCAUUGCCGACGGGCCCGAGUCUGAAUCAAUCGGGCCAGGGAAGGCUGCAGAUUCUCUGAAAGUAAUUUGUCUGAAGGAUCUUUACCACGGGCAGCGUUUCGGGGCAUUGAUUGUCGGGGCAAAGAAUUUGAGGAGUUUGAAGUUGUACAGGUGUGCUGGGAAUUGGGACAAGUUGCUUGAAACGAUUGGAGAUGGAAUUGCAGGGCUUGCAGAGGUUCAUUUGGAGAAAAUUCAGGUUACUGAUUUGGGGCUGUCUGCACUGGCAAACUGUCCUGAUCUUGAGAUACUGCAUUUAGUGAAAACGCCUGAGUGCACGAAUGUCGGAAUCGGGAACGUGGCCGAGAAAUGCCGGCUGCUUAGGAAGGUCCACAUUGACGGAUGGAAGACGAAUAGAAUAAACGACCAAGGAUUGAUUGCGAUCGCGGCACACUGUCCUAAUCUGCAGGAGCUGGUUUUGAUUGGUGUCAAUCCUACACAUUUGAGUUUGGAGAAAGUGGCCAAUAACUGUCCGAAUUUGGAGAGGUUAGCUCUGUGUGGGAGCGAGACUGUCGGGGAUGCCGAGAUAUCGUGCAUUGCUGCAAAGUGUCUUUCUUUGAAGAAGUUGUGUAUAAAGAGUUGUCCUGUUUCGGACCAGAGCAUGGAAGCAUUGGCUUGUGGGUGUCCUAAUUUGGUGAAGGUGAAGGUCAAGAAGUGUCGAGGGGUGACAGCCGGGGGCGUGGAUUGGUUGAGGGCGAGUCGGGGUUCUUUGGCGGUGAAUUUGGAUGCAGUAGAGCCGGAAUUGGCGGAGGCUGCCGGUGCUCAUGAGCAGGAUGUUGGUGGCGGCGAUAACGUGGCGGCUGUGGGUGGCCGAGAUGUUAAUACAACAUCGGGUAGUAAUGGAAGGGCAACCUCGUUUAAGAUGAGGCUCGGGUCUUUCUCCGGUAGGAGCUUAGUGGCGGGCACGUUGAGGAGGUGGUCGAGCUUUGGCAGCAGAACGAGGAAUACUUUCGAGAGGAACAACAACUAAUGUAUGCUGGCUGUCGAAGUUGGAGAUUUCGGCUAUCUAUAGGGUAUGUUUGAAUCCCUUUUUGAUUGUUGAUGCUAAGCAGAAAGAUUUAAUUAGAAUGGCAAUUGUGAUAUGAUUCAAGUUGUUUAGAACUAAUGUUAUGUGAUCAUGCAUUUAAAAAGGUUUUAACUUUA